AUGGGUGUACCAAAGUUUUACCGAUGGAUUAGUGAACGAUAUCCGUGUUUAAGUCAAGUUGUUGAAGAAAAUUCCGUGCCAGAAUUUGAUAAUUUAUACCUGGAUAUGAAUGGAAUAAUUCAUAAUUGUACUCAUAUUGACGAUGCAGAUGUUUGUUUUAGAAUACCAGAAAACGAAAUGUUCGAUGGUAUUUGUAGAUAUAUUGAGUUUUUAUUUGCCAUAGUGAGGCCGAAAAAAGUUUUCUUUAUGGCAGUCGAUGGAGUUGCUCCUCGCGCUAAAAUGAAUCAACAGCGUGCCAGACGUUUUAGAUCCGCAAAAGAUGCAGAAAUAGCAUUGAAAAAAGCAGUUGAUGCUGGUGCUAAGAUAUCCACUGAAAAUCGAUUCGAUUCAAACUGCAUUACACCAGGAACAGAAUUCAUGGAUAGGCUUCAUUCUCGCUUACAAUAUUUUACUGCAUUGAAAAUUACGACAGAUCCAACUUGGCAAGGCAUCAAAAUCUAUCUUUCUGGUCAUAAUUGUCCUGGUGAAGGUGAACAUAAAAUAAUGGAUUUUAUUCGUUGCGAACGAUCACGUUCAGAUUACGAUCCUAAUACAAGACAUUGCCUUUAUGGGCUUGAUGCCGAUUUAAUAAUGCUUGGAUUGUGUUCUCAUGAACCUUAUUUUGCUUUGCUACGCGAGGAAAUUAUAUUCGGUGGAUUUAAAAAGGAAAAAUCUUUGAAGUUUGAUGUCGAUGCGAUCAAGUUUCAUCUUCUUCAUAUAUCUUUAUUGCGAGAAUAUAUUUCUUGGGAAUUUCAAUCUGUUAAAAACAAGUUAUCAUUUCCGUUCGAUAUAGAAUCUAUUAUUGAUGAUUGGGUUUUAAUGAGUUUUCUUGUUGGCAAUGAUUUCAUUCCACAUUUGCCUGGUGUUCAUAUUCAUGAGAAUGCAUUACCACUUCUUUAUAAAACAUAUAUUUCCGUUCUUCCUGAGUUGGAUGGUUAUAUGAAUGAGAAUGGAAUUUUGAAUUUAUCACGUUUUGAAAAAUUUUUGAAGCAUUUUGCGAAAAAUGAUCGGAAAUGUUUUAUAGAAAAACUGGACGACGAGUUAUAUUUAGCUUCUAAAAGGAAUGUAAAUGAAGUUAGUCUUGAUGAAAUAUUCUUUUUAUUUUCCAAAAUUGGAUGGACUUUAUCAGUAAAUCGCGCAUUCAAGGACCAUAAACGAAACUAUUAUUUUGACAAAAUGCAUUAUGAAAAUAUAAGCAAAGAAGAACUUCAAGCUCAAGCUGAGGGAUAUGUUAAAGCUAUUCAGUGGAAUCUUCAUUAUUAUUAUCAUGGUUGUUGCAGUUGGAGCUGGUAUUAUCCUCAUCAUUAUGCUCCAUAUAUAUCUGAUGUAACAAAUUUCUCGAAUUUUGAAAUAAAUUUCGAUAAAAAUGAGCCAUUUCUUCCAUUCCAGCAGUUAUUGGGAGUACUUCCGAAAUCCAGCGCAGAACUCCUUCCUUUCCCUUUUCAAGAACUAAUGUUGCAACCAGAUAGUCCAAUCAGUGAUUUCUUUCCAGAAAAUUUUUCUACAGAUCUGAAUGGCAAGAAAAACGAUUGGGAAGCUGUUGUAUUGAUACCAUUUAUCGAUGAAUCGCGUCUUCUAUCUGCCGUAAACGCAAAGAUGCCACUGCUUGAUGAUGAAGAGAAAUUGAGAAAUUCGCACGGCCCACAUCUUUUAUUCGUUGAAAAUAUUGAUAUGAAUGACUUUCAUAUUAGCUUUGAAAAAGUGAAGUUUGGUCUAUUAAAAGGCAUAAAAUGGGACUUUUCUUAUCGUGGAUUUCCAACAUUGCAACACAUCCCUCAUUCGGCCCAACUUGAGGAUGCCGGUGUUCAAGUUUUUAAUUUUCCUUCCAGGACACCAUCCAUGAUUUUGAAAAUAUUGCCAAGAGCUGAUUUUGAAAAGGAUAUUUCUGAAAUUGUAAAUGAUUUGAUUGGCAAGGAAGUUUAUUUUCGCUGGCCAUUUUUGACCAGAGGGUUGGUGCAUGAAAUAUGGACUUCUGAUUAUAAGUUGAUAACUAUUUUUCAGAUUGAAUUAAAUAAUGAAAACACUUUAUUACCUGAUCCUUUAGUUGAAUUUCAACUACUUGAUCGGAUUAUUACUGUUAAAAAGGUGCUUUCUAUACCUGUUGGGUCCACAGGUACUAUUAUUGGUAUUCCGCUGGUAAAAAAAGUUGAAGUAAUCUUUGAUAACUAUUUUCUCGGUGGAAAGAAUAUUCGAUUAAUGCUACGUACUUCAUGCCUUGAUCAUGAAGUCUCUUCUUCAUACUGUUCUGCAACAACUAACCCAGUCAAAAAUUUCUCUGCUAAUGUUGAUUCUGAACAUCGCAUUGAAGCCUCGACUUCUGCAACAGCUAAAAAUUUUGAUUAUGGAAAAGUCCAGAUUAAAUGUGCACCUUCUCGUCAGUCUUUAAACAGAAACAAUUCACAUUUAAUAUCGGAAAAUGCACAUAAAAAUAUUUACGAAAAGAAAAAAAAGAUAGAAUGUGAUGAUCCACAUUACUCUAGUUUCGAUAAACGAGGAAAUUUUCAAAACAAGUUUAAUUGGUCAUUCAGCCCUUCUGCUCGAAAUUCUCCUUAUAAUUCAAGACACAUAGGAGAAUUUCGGAGCUCACAGUCGUUCCAGCCUUUGAAUUCUUCAGAACAGAGAAUCAAUGAUCCAUCGAAUGAAAGGGACUCGUAUUUUAUGAAAUAUUCUUAUAAUCCUGGGAGUUCUGAAUUUUGCAAUAACGUUUUACCAUCUUUGCGAAAUGGAAUGGAUUUUGCUUCAAAAAAUGUAUAUUCACCAACUGCAGCACAAUAUGGCCGUCCACCAUCUUAUUUAUUUCAUAAUACGUCCUCAAUCAAAUCCGAUCCUAUAGCGUAUCAAAAUCAAGUAUUUCAUUCAAUUUUUUUAUAG